AUGAAGGACAUGCAACUCAAAAUUAAUUUUCUACUUGGCCUAGUUAUCACUGCGCUAGUACAAGCUGUAGAAAAAAAAGCAGACUGCCCAGAGUCAUGUAUAUGUGAGAUCAGACCAUGGUUCACCCCCAGGUCUGUGUAUAUGGAGGCUCCAACAGUGGACUGUAAUGAUUUAGGCCUUUUUAAUUUUCCAGCCAGACUGCCUGCUGACACACAAGUUCUACUUCUACAGACUAAUAAUAUUGCAAAAAUUGAACAUUCAGUAGACUUCCCAGUGAAUUUAACUGGUCUAGAUUUAUCUCAGAACAAUUUAUCCUCAGUGACCAGUAUUAAUCUUAGAAAGACACCACAGUUGCUUUCAGUGUACCUUGAAGAAAACAAACUUACUGAACUCCCUGAAGAAUGUCUCUCUGAACUCCACAAUUUACAAGAGCUUUAUAUUAAUCAUAAUCUGCUUUCUGUGAUUGCACCGGGAGCUUUCAUAGGCCUCAAUAAUCUUCUCAGACUUCAUCUCAAUUCAAACGGUCUGCAAAUGAUUAACAGGAAGUGGUUUGAAGCUACUCCUAAUCUUGAAAUUCUCAUGAUUGGAGAAAACCCAAUAAUCAGAAUCGAAGAUAUGAACUUUAAGCCUCUUAUCAAUCUGCGCAGCCUAGUUUUAGCAGGCAUAAAUCUCACUGAAAUACCAGAUAAUGCUUUGGUUGGCCUUGACAACUUAGAAAGCAUCUCCUUUUAUGACAACAGAUUUGUUAGAGUUCCCCACAUUGCUCUUCAAAAGGCUACAAAUCUUAAAUUUCUGGAUCUAAAUAAGAAUCCCAUUAACAGAAUACGACGAGGAGAUUUUAGCAAUAUGCUGCACCUAAAAGAGUUAGGAAUUAAUAACAUGCCUGAACUGAUUUCUAUAGAUAGUCUUGCUGUUGAUAAUUUGCCAGAUUUAAGAAAAAUAGAAGCUACCAAUAACCCCAGAUUAUCAUACAUUCAUCCAAAUGCAUUCUACAGACUUCCCAAACUGGAAUCGCUCAUGCUCAACAGCAAUGCGCUGAGUGCCCUGUACCGCAGUACAAUAGAAUCCUUGCCUAACCUCAAAGAAGUUAGUAUACACAGCAAUCCCAUUAGAUGUGAUUGUGUCAUCCGCUGGAUUAACAUGAAUAAAACAAACAUUCGCUUCAUGGAGCCGGAGUCUCUGUUUUGUGUAGAUCCUCCCGAAUUCCAAGGCCAGAAUGUGCGGCAGAUACACUUCCGGGAAAUGAUGGAAAUCUGUCUCCCCCUGAUAGCUCCUGAAAGUUUUCCAUCUACUCUGGAUUUAAAAACUGGCAGCCAUAUUUCCUUACACUGCAGAGCAACAGCAGAACCAGAACCUGAAAUCUACUGGAUAACACCAUCAGGACACAAACUUUUGCCUAAUACUAUUUCUAAUAAAUACUACAUUCAUUCCGAAGGAACAUUAGACAUAAGUGAUGUAACACAAAAAGAAAGUGGCUUAUAUACAUGUAUAGCAACGAAUUUAGUUGGGGCAGACCUAAAGUCAGUCAUGAUUAAAGUGGAUGGCUCUUUCCCUCAGGACAGCAAUGGAUCUUUGAAUAUUAAAAUAAAAGAUAUAAAAUCUAAUUCUGUUUUGGUUUCAUGGAAAGCAAGUUCUAAAAUUCUGAAGUCCAGUGUUAGAUGGACAGCCUUUCUGAAAGCUGAAAACUCUCAGGCUGCACAGAGCGCUCGAAUACCAUCUGAUAUAAAGGUAUAUAAUCUUACACAUCUAAAUCCAUCAACUGAAUACAAAAUUUGUAUAGAUAUUCCCACUAUCUAUUCACAGAAUAAGAAACAAUGUGUCAAUGUAACCACAAAAGGACUGGACUUGGCAGUGAAAGGCUAUGAAAAGAACAACAUAAUAGGAUUCCUUGCCUGCCUUGGUGCUCUUUUGGGAAUCAUCUCUGUGAUAUAUCUCUACAGCUGCAUCUCACGAGAGAUGAACUAUGACGUUGGACACAGCUAUCUAAAGAAUUACCUGAAGAAACAAUCCUUUUCACUCAAUGAGCUUUAUCCUCCUCUAAUCAGUCUUUGGGACAUGGGCAAAGAAAAAAGCACAGCAAUGGAAGUAAAAGCAACUGUAAUAGGUGUACCAACCAAUAUGUCAUAA